GAAACCUACAAUGGUAGCAGACUCAGUUUGGUAGACAUCUGCAUCGACAGAUGGAACUUUAUUUUUGAGUUUUUUUUAGAAUGAAGUAACAGAAUAAUCCUCCCCAUACAUUCCACUGCACCACAAACUGUAGCCUCCAAAAUAAUCACACAGUUGAAUCAAAGCCUUUUGAAAAAAAUAUGACCAUGAGCAAGAGCUACAACCUGCUGAGAGGAGAAGCAUUUGGAGGACGUUAACGUGACCAAUAAAGAUGACUUCUCCAGAGGAGUUGAAACCCGCAGAGGCAGACGAGAGCAGAACUCAUCAGUGUCAGAACUGUGGGAAAGGUUUUAGUCGGAUUUGUAGUCUUAGAAGACAUGAACUCACCCACACUGAGGAAGAACUGUAUCACUGUGAACAAUGUGGCAGCAGCUUCAGCCAACUAAAUGCAUACAACCUCCACUUGUAUACCCACCCUGAAGAGACGCUGUACUGCUGUGACCAGUGUGGGAUGGAUUUCAGUGACCAGAGCUCUUACAGGAAACACCUGCGUGACCACACUGGACCAUACCAGUGUGACCAGUGUGAAAAGAGUUUCAGUUACUUCAGCAUUUACAAGAUACACAUGCGAGUCCACACGAAAGAAAAGCCGUACUGCUGUGACCAGUGUCCAAAGAGUUUUAGCUUUUUAAGCUCAUACAAGCGACACCUGCUCAGCCACAGUGGAGAGAAGCCGUACCAGUGUGACUUCUGUGGAAAGAGUUUCACCCAGUCUGGACACUUUAGUCUGCAUCUACGAAACCACACAGGAGAAAAACCGUUUGAGUGUCAGCAGUGUGACAAGAGUUUCAGUGACUUGAGUAGUUAUAAGAUACACCUUCGUGUCCACUCCGGAGAGAAACCUUAUUGCUGUGACCAGUGUGGGAGGAGUUUCUCUCAGUUAGGAAAUUACAAGUCACACAUGCGUAUCCACACUGGAGAAAAACCUUUCCAGUGUGAACUAUGUGAGAAAAGUUUCUCUAUCUCAAAAACAUAUAAACAACAUGUGCGCACUCAUACAGGAGAAAAACCAUACAAGUGUAAAGAUUGUGGGAAAGGUUUUGGUCGCUUAAGCAACUAUAUGCGCCACCUUCGUAUCCAUACAGGAGAGCAACCAUUCAGCUGUGAGCAGUGUGGGAAAUGUUUCAACAGUUCGUAUAGUUACAGCCGUCACCUGCGAGUCCACACCGGAGAGAAACCUUACUGGUGUUCGCGGUGUAAGAGGCUGUUCACACGCUCACAGUCUUUAAAGAAACACCGCUGUGUUGAGGUAGAUGAAGAAAGUUUGUCUGUGUGCACCAAAGAAGAACAAAUAAGUUGCUCAUUAACAGAACCUACAAGUGACAACCAGUUAUAAUUAACAAAAAAGAACUACAGUCCUUGUAGUCAUGGUAAUGGAGAGACAUGACUUGUUUAAAUCGUACCUCUCUUACUUCAUUCAGCUGAAAUGUUUCAAAUCCGAGCUACGUCCAGUUACUACUAGUGUUCCCCAGGGUUCUACCCAAGGUCCCCUUAUGUUUAUGAUCUACUCACUUCCUCAUGGCCAUAUCAUCUGUAACUUUUACUGAUAUAACAUAUAUUAUUAUUAUGAUUUUUAACUUACUUACACUAAGAAAAUAACCAGACUUAAUAAUACUAACCAUGUUUAUUUUCUGCUGUCUGACUUAAAGAGGCAACAGAAAUGAAGACAAUGUACAAAGUGUGAUGUUUUUAAAGGGUACCCUAACACUCAAUUCACUUUUGGAGUUGCUGUACAUAUUGUACAGUCAUUAUAUUGCACUUAUUGCACCUCUAUUGAUGUGGAUCUCUUAUUAUAGGGUUUGUUGCAAUCGAACAUUUUUUUUUUUUCAAGAGGAAAAUACAGCAAUGCUGUCUACAGCAUACUGUAUUGAUUAUCAUUGGAUGAGGCUUAUCAGAAUAUGUAUAAAUCUUCUUGAUAUCUUGUUCUGGUUUCCAUAUAUUAACCAAUGAAACUUGAAAGUGCUUGGCUCAGUACAUAAAUAUACAAAAGUUAUCCGUUGAGCCACUAGUCAUAGACCACAGAAAUACCUGAAACCUACUCUUCACAUUAAAUUUAAAUCUACAACUAAGGGUCGCUACACAUGUCUAAACUGGCAUCUCUUAACAUAGUGUGACUGUAAAUCAUAUAUUGUUAAAUAUAUAACAAAGUUGAACAAGUGUAGAACUCAAUAAAGUCAAUAUCAGUUUUAAACAUCAAUAAAUUAAUUGUCCAAUAGGGGGCUGUUUCCUAUUAGCUCUGCUUAAACCUAAAGAUAAGUGCAUAUAUUUGUAAAAUGGAUCUCUUGCCACUGCAUGGAGUUUCCAGUAAGUAAAUCCCGGAUAUUCACUUUCUUCUCAACCUUGGCCUAACAUUGAUAAAGUAAUAAAUGGAUUUACAUGUACA